AACACGGCUCCGCCUCCAUCGUCGUUCGACGAAGAAGCCGACUUCUAUGAGGAGUCACGUAUGCAAAAGCUUCAGCGCAGAGUGUUUGAGGAGCCACUCGUCCCUCUCGGCUGCGCGUUGACAUGUUGGGCGCUCCUUGAAGCUACGAGAUCGAUCCGUCGCGGCGACAAGCACCGAACGAACCGCAUGUUCCGGCGACGUAUUUACGCUCAGGGUCUUACUAUUCUCGCUGUAGUUGGCGGUUCUGCGUACUGGGAGACCGAUCGCAAGAAGCGAGCGGAAUAUGAUACGUUAGUAGAGGACAAGCGGAAGAAGGAGAAGCACGAAGCGUGGCUGAGGGAGUUGGAAGCACGCGAGGAAGAGGAG